AUGCGACUUUGGCAAGCCAAUCAUCUAUCGCUCGCAGCUCUCCUCCUGGGAACGACAGGAGUCAAGGCUGCACAGAAAACCGAACAUCUGACAGCCUCUGCACAGAGUCUCCUCGACUGGUCAAACCAUGUCAACGAUCUCCGUUUCGAUAAUUCCUACAAGUACAUUGCCUACUCAGAUAAUGGGCCUUGGAGCGUACGCUUCACUGCAUGGUACACUGCAGGAAUACUGUACCGCAACCAAGGGGAUGAUGUUGCCAACGCGAAAGCGGCAGUGGAGAACAUUCUUUCUUGCCAGUACACAGAAGGUUAUGGCACAGCCUGGUACGGAACCUUCAAAUUGUCGCCAGAUGAACCAGAUCCAACGCCUGACUCGGACUUGUAUCCACCCAAGAUAUACGAUACAUAUGAUCCCAAUUGGAGGGAGUUCAUCGGUUCCCAGCUCAUUCAGCUCGUCGAAGAAUUUUCAGAUCUCCUUGGUCCCAACCUUGUCAGUCGAAUCGAAGAUAGCCUUGAGAUUGCUGCUGUAGGUUCUAUGCGUCGUAAUGGUUCUUUCCCGGAAGGCGACAACCUGACCCCAGCAUACACUAAUCCAGCUAUCAUGCGUGCAUGGUUUGUUGGCUGGAUCGGAGCCCGACGAAACAAUACAAGCUUUAUUGACUAUGCGAACGACCAAGGAGACGCAAUCAUGCAGCUUUUCCAAGCCAUGGACUCUGAUGUAUUCUCAGAGUACAACGCGCCUACCUACUAUGGCAUGGACGUCUGGGCCCUUGCUGGCGCUAUCAAGUAUGGCGUCAAAAACGCGACUAUGACACAACACGCACCGUACAUGCUGACAGCACUGUGGAAAGACAUUGCGGACCACUAUAAUCCAAAUCUUGUCAACAUGGUUGGCCCAUAUGAUCGAGCCUACUCUCGCGAUAUGACGACCAACUCUGCUGUGCUCAGCUACUUCUUCUGGAGCCUCUAUGGAUAUGGCGUCGGCCCGCAUACCAACAAGCUUGAAACAGACUCACUGUACGACAUCGUGCAAGGUGCUGCUUUGGCUCUGGUCACUGAUGUAGUCGCAUCACACAUCUCGAACGUAACUGCUGCACAUCUCAAAUCUAGCGGUCCCUGGGAAGGCUCUCGUCUUUUAACCAAGAAGGUACCUGAGAGGAUUGGCGCAGAUACCGCAUACCGCGUUGUCACGUCGUGGAUAUCCUCAUCACUCAUGAUCGGUACCCAACAGGUGAACGAGACUGUCAACAGAGGCAUCCAAUACGUUCCUGCACUUGUUCAGUGGGCGGGAGACCCAGCUCGUAAACCGAACCCGUACAUGACCUUCUUCUCGUUGUAUCCGAGUGCUUCCACGAUCGACUCUGUGGCAGGCCCCAACUCUUUGGAUAUCUCAUAUCCCAAUACAACACAAGGCGGCACAAAAAUAUUCACAUUCGCUGUGGCGCAGUUGCCACCAAGUUGGACGCUGAAUAAAAGAAGGACAAUCAGUGGAUUAGAAAGGCUGCCUUGUCUGAAUGUCACAGUAGAGGCAGCAGGCUUAGUGAAGCAACCGGUCGUGUAUGGAACAACCCUGGAGCGUAAUCGUAUUUACAACAUCUCGUAUGUAGUGCCAGAGAGCUUCACAGGUAUACCAAAGAUGUCGUUGGAGUUUGAGUAUACCUGCUAA